AUGAAUUGUUUGGUACAGUAUUCAAUAAUUUUCGACGUUUUUGAUUCAAUACAAGGGAAGUUUGAUGAGCUAGUUGAAGAGAAGGGUGUUCGCAUUCUUGUGGAAGCAAGAGCCCUAAUGCAUGUGAUCGGUUCGAAGAUGGAUUUCAUGGGUAAUAACCUCAGGUACGGUCCCUUUUGCGUACGAGUCUUGAUCCUCUCUUCUCUUCAGUCAUACUAA